AUGGAAGAAGCAGAGAAAGAGUUAGAGAGAAGGAGCAAGUUUCUGAGCAGCUUGAUACUGAAUAAGAAGUCCAUAGAACAGUGUGAGAGCCUCAAGGUUCAUGUCAGAGCUUGUGACAUGCCCCUCCCUUUGCAGAACCGUGCCUUCCAUUGUGCACGUCUCCACUUGGAAUCUCUGCCACCUGGCAACAAGCUUGACAGUAAACUCCUUGCACUUGCCCUUAAGAAGAUUUUGAUAUUGGGUGUUGGUAUAAGGUCAAUUGGGUUAACAUCAAUGGAAUGUGUCUAA